CAAAGCGAUGCGCAUCUAAUCAACAGUCCAGACUUUCGCGAUCCGAUAAUAUCAAUGUGAUCAGCCCUGGCCUGGAUGGACUGUGCAACUCGUACCGCCUCGAGACGCCGCCCCACAAGCCACCUUCCACUCCCAGCCAAUGAUACCACAGAAGCCCUCACCCACCGUGACAAGCUCAAGUGACCAAACAAGCCUCCUGAUAUACGCGCCGACCAAUAAUUUCUAUGGCCUACGGUUUUGCAAAGAGAAACGGGAGGAGCGGGACGUAGCGCAGUAGCUAUGCUUUCCUCUUGUGGGCGUCGAGAUAUUGCUUUGCGUGACAAAUGCAGCAUGGCUCCCGCUAGAACGAGCACUUGUGAUAAGUGAGGAAGUGUUUUUGGUGUAUAUGAGAGCCCAUCGAGCCUUCUUGUGUCUUUCGGUGGUCUCUAACGCGCUCUACUGCGUUGUACAGUCUCUCUUUUCAAUUCGUCAUUCUUUAAAAACAUGGGUUUAAUCUCGUCACUCAUUUUUGCGGUACUACUCGGUGCUCUUACCGGCAAUGCCGCGCCGCUCAUUCAGAAAAGAGGGAUCGGAGCCGAUCUCCUCGCCAGGUUCAAGUUAAUGGAGCAAUAUGCUUCAGCAGCUUACUGUGCAAACAACUACAACUCGCCGGGCGACCAGGUUGAAUGUGCUUCUGGCAAUUGUCCGCUUGUGCAGGAUGCGGACUCGGCUACCGUGGCCGAGUAUAGUCGGGAGGAGACUGCCACCGACGUAACAGGUUUCGUAGCAGUCGAUCAUACCAACAAGCUGAUCAUCGUUUCCUUCCGCGGUUCCACCUCCAUCGACGCCUGGCGCACGAACUUCGAGUUUGACACGACAGCAACCGAUAUCUGCUCCGGAUGUACCGCCCACCAUGGCUUCUGGAACUCAUGGCUGGACGCACGAGACCGCGUAAUUCCAGCCGUUAAACAAGCAUCCACCACCUUCCCCAGCUACCAGAUUACGGUGACUGGGCACUCUCUCGGUGCUGCCAUUGCCACGCUCGGUGCUGCUCAACUACGAAACUCAGGCUAUACCGCUGCACUAUAUACUUUUGGCUCUCCGCGGAUUGGAGGAACCAAGAUCAGUUCGUACAUUUCGAAUCAGUCUGGUGGUAAUUAUAGGGUUACGCAUUGGAAUGACCCUGUGCCCAAGCUUCCGCUGUUGACAAUGGGCUACGUACAUACCAGUCCUGAGUACUAUAUCAAUAAGCCAAAUAAGAAGGAUGUGCUAUCGGGGGAUAUCCAAAUCUAUGAGGGAGCGAUAAACCUGAGGGGAAAUACGGCGUGGCUUUUAAUAGAUAUUGAGGCGCAUAGGUGGUAUUUUGGAAGUGUAUAUACGUGUGAUGCUAAGAAGGGCAAGAGGGGAGGAUUGGAGAUUAGGGGAGUUGAGGGGGGUGUAGAUAUUGUUGCAACGUUCUGAAGUGAAUAUUUAGGAUUCAUAAAGAAUAUAUUAAGUACUGUAAUGGGACGCUUCAAAGUCGGGGCUGAGGGGUAUCUUCGAAACAGGAAUACAAUUAACACUCCACGAUAUCCUCCUCCUCUUCCAACUCAUCGCUCGUAUGU